AUGGGACGCCAGCACCAACAUCGCAAAGGGGUUGCGACCAAGGGUGACAAGGACAAGAAGCAGAUCAAGAGGGACACCAUUCCCAAGUAUGCCCUGUUUCCGAAACAGUGCCUCGCGGCCUACCCCGACCCCGAGGGGAACCCUGUCUACGUCGGUGACAAGGAAGAUGCGAAGGAGCUCUUUGACCCCGCAAAUCUGCUUGCGACCCGCUCGCAGAAAAAUGCGGAGAUGCUGGCCCGACCUGGCUGGGGGCUUUCCUUUGCCGCUUCGGCGGCCAAUCACUGCGUGAGGGAGCUGGUGAGGCAGACGCACAAGCCCAAGAAGACGUCGGCCGUCCAAUUUGCGACCUUGCUGGAGCAGCCUCGUGGAAAAGCCUUUCAAGAAGCAGUUGCUACCUUGGACAUUGGGAAAGACGGCAGCGCGCCGCGCAAGGCGGUCGCCAAGGCCAUGAAAAGCUACCUCGGCUUCCUUCAGGAUGGCGGCGAGGAGUUGCAAAAUGCCUUGGUUGGCCUGGCAACCGAAAGCGGCCGCUUGUAUUUGGGAGCGAUGCAUCUGUUGGAACAAAGAGCUUUCGUUUUGAAGCCGAAAGCAUGGGCCAAGAAAUUGCAGCGAUCCAACCGCGUUGACGCUGCGUUCAAGAGCUGGCUGGCCGAAGCAGACAAUGUAUCCAAACUCGAGGAUGCUCUUGUCGAUGUCUUCCUGAGCAAGAUGAAAGCUUCCAAGGCCGCCACACAGAAGUGGCAAGGAAGGCAUGCCAAGGUUUCCUCCAACGCUGCAUCUGGAAGUUCGCAGCAGUCCUCCGUCUCCUCGAGCAGCGCGAGCGCCCACGAUGCGAAGUCCGAGGAGCCGCGCCAGCGCAGAAAGCGGUGCCGCAAGCAUGCUCGUGCAGACAAGAAGCGCCGAUCCUCCUCUCCUGCUUCCGAGCGACCCCCGGCAGCAGCUGCUUUCACCCUCGGCUCCAGCGACCAGGAGUCGGAGCCGCCCACCAAUCCCAUGGCGGACUGGGCCAAGGCCGACGUCCAGGUUUUCCUUCGUAGCCUGGAUGGGUUGCACGCAGGAAAGAAGAAUCCAAAACGCGCUGCCCAGAAGCUGACCCUUGCUGACUUGGUGGGCCUCUUCGACACUGUGCCCCAGGACAUCUUGGAGGCCUACGGUCUUGCGUCGGCCCUCACGAAGCUUAAGCAGAUGGAGCGGCUACCGAAGCAGAACAAGCUCGCUGAGCUCCUCGGCUGUCUGGAUCGGCUUGCUGCGGAAGCCAAGAACAUACAUGGUAUUUCCGAGUCGCUGAGUUCCAUCAAGAUUCGUCGCAUUGCUGGUGUGACGGACGCGGGUGCCGCGAUCAUUCGGGACGACGACUUGUACGACGAGGUCGUGCUGGAGCACAGCGACGAGACCUUGCAGGAUGUGCUUCUUCGCUUCUUCCAAGCUCAAAGCUCCAUGGGCGAGAUCCAGAACUGGAACGUGAAGCGCCUCGCCGAGAAUGACAAGUGCGAGGACGUGACGAUCGAGGACACCUCGGCAGCCGCCUGCCCAAACGUGCUGCUCAUGCGGAAGGGCGGCUGA